GAGCCCGGACUUCGCGGAGAAAGUCCCCUCCGCCCCGACGCCUGUCUUCCCGAACCAAACCCAGUGCAGCGGGCUGCCGCGCCCAGCGCCCCCUUCGCACCCCUGCCUGCACUACCCUCCGCCGCGCCCCCCUCGCAUCCGCGCUUUCACUCCCCUCACAACAGCCCAGCCUGCACUUCCCGCCCCUACGGCCGGCAGUGCCCCGCCGAAGGCCCACUGCAUUGGGGGCCGUGCCGCGCUGCGCCUUUUUUGGGCGUCUCCCAGCUGCCAAGACCCGUAGGCAAAAGCUCCGCGGCGGCGGCGGCGACGGUGGCGACGGUGACGACGAGCAGGCUCAGAACGUGGCCACGAUGACAGGAAGCAACAUGUCCAAUGCCUUGGCCAACGCAGUAUGCCGGCACUGCCAGGCAUGCUUCACUCCUGCUGAGCGAAUUAUCAACAGCAACGGAGAGCUGUACCACGAGCACUGCUUCGUGUGUGCCCAGUGCUUCCGGCCCUUCCCCGAGGGGCUCUUCUACGAGUUUGAAGGCCGGAAAUACUGCGAACAUGACUUCCAAAUGCUGUUUGCUCCGUGCUGCGGAUCAUGCGGUGAGUUCAUCACUGGCCGUGUCAUCAAGGCCAUGAACAACAACUGGCACCCUGGGUGCUUCUGCUGUGAGCUGUGUGACGUGGAGCUGGCUGACCUGGGCUUCGUGAAGAACGCGGGCAGGCACCUGUGCCGGCCUUGCCACAACCUCGAGAAGGCCAAGGGCCUGGGCAAGUAUAUUUGUCAGCAGUGCCACCUGGUCAUUGAGGAACAGCCCCUCAUGUUCAGGAGUGAUUGGUACCACCCGGACCACUUCAGCUGCACCCAUUGCAGGAAGGAGCUGACCGCUGAAUCCCGAGAGCUAAAGGGGGAACUCUACUGCCUGCCAUGCCAUGACAAGAUGGGGGUCCCCAUCUGUGGGGCCUGCCGCCGGCCCAUCGAGGGUCGUGUGGUCAAUGCAUUGGGCAAGCAGUGGCAUGUGGAGCACUUUGUCUGUGCCAAGUGCGAGAAGCCGUUCCUAGGGCAUCGGCACUAUGAGAAGAAAGGCCUGGCCUACUGUGAGACCCACUACAACCAGCUCUUUGGGGACAUCUGCUAUGGCUGCAGUCAUGUGAUUGAGGGUGAUGUGGUAUCAGCCCUCAACAAGGCCUGGUGUGUGACCUGCUUCUCCUGCUCUACCUGCAACAAUAAGCUCACCCUGAAGAACAAGUUUGUGGAGUUUGACAUGAAACCCGUGUGUAAGAGAUGCUAUGAGAACUUCCCACUGGAGCUGAAGAAGCGGCUGAAGAAGCUGGCGGAGCUGGCCGCCCACAAGACCCACCCCAAGUCUGUGGGCCUCCACUCUACCUGAGGGGCCUCCCCUUGCCAUCACUUUUUCUCUCUUUCUUGCUGGUCUUCCUGCUCCUGCUGAGCCUUUCUGUUUGCCACCUCCACUGCUCAUCUCAUCUCCAUCUGUCGCCUCUUCUCUCUGGUCAGCAUUCCUUCCUGUUCCAUUUGCUCCCUUCUCUUGCCUUCUCCCUGGGGACUCUUUUCUCCCUUGCUAUGGGUUCCUUUUCCUUCCUUCUCUGCAGGCACAGGGCAGAGGUGGGGCUCUGCUUGUGGAGCCUAUGGCAGGCCUGUGCCUGCAAGCUUUAGCCUGAAGUCCUCAAGGGACAGGAGCAAAUGGGGACCUGGAGUCACCUGACCCUGGAUGUGGGCCACUGCUUUUAGUUCUGUCUAGCAGACCUGUUCCAAUUCCUACAGCCUGACAGCUCACAUUCUUCUGUGGUGGAUUGGCUAGCCUCUGCCCCAGAGUGGCCCCACUGUGUACCCAUGUGGACCCACACAGCCAGGCAGCUGCCCCAGGACCAAGGCCACAUGGAAGGGGGCCUCUGGCAAACCACCCUUCCAUCCCUCUGCCACCCACUCAACCAAGUAGGAUCCUCAUGCCUGAACUGGGCCAGCAAGUCCUGCCACCUCACCCCAUGAAUCAGCAGGAGGGGCAAGGAUCCUACUUCCCCCUCACUGAUGAGGCUUCCUUCCUGAAAUCUGGCCUUGGCUAUCCAUCCCAGGCUUGGGCCACUGUGGCUUUCCCAAGCUCCUCUGUGGCCACUGCAGUCCCUCCAUCCCCGCACCCCAGGCACACAUUAAGCUUCUGGGUCCAGGAGGUAGUGGAGCUAGGUGGGUGGCUCAUUCCUACCCUCCAGGGAGGACACUUCCUCCAUGGCCAGCACAGGACUUGGUGUGACUCACACUUGCACAAUGAAUAAAGGCUUAUGUACA